AUGCGCAAGCAACGGGAGGCCAAGCCAGUUGAAGCCGUUGCGGAACCAGCGGCUGAUGAGGAUGGUGUGCUCGGGCCUGUGAGCCCCUUGCUUGCCGGGCCAGGUGAUGAAGCCGCUUCUGAUCCCGAGACCAGCUUGAAUUACUCACCCAGCCUUGAUGCCGGAGAGCAGCAAAGCCAAGCUGCAGAUGGAAGCACAGGUGAAAGCACCAGUAGCAGCAGUUCUAGCAGCAAUGGUGAUGAUGGCAGUGGUGCAGCUGCUGGCAAUGCGCCAGUUGAGCAGCCUGAUGCUGCUAUGCAUAGUGCCGAGGUUGAGGUGCCACCAGGAGAUGCGGGAGUGUCCAGCGCAGGCGGGGAUGCAAGUGCUGAGGAACGUCCGCCCAAAGCAGCCAGAUUGCGUGCUGUAACACAGAGCGAAUUUUACCACAAUGAUGCAUCAAUUGAUUUUGAUUUUGAGGAUGCUGAGCUCGAUGAGCUAGAAGGCUAUGAUUAUGGGCUGGCUGAUUACUACUUCAGUGAAGAAGCAGGCGGAUCUGAUGCGCCACCAGAUGAACUGUGGAGGCCAUUUGGGCCCACAGAGCCAUGCCUUUCGGAAGCCGAGAUGCUGAUGAUUGACAGCGCAGCCGAUGAUUUUGAAAUCCGUAGGCUGUUGGCUAUGCAAGUGCUUGAAGCCCUUACCUAUGAGGCAGCCGAGCAAGCCCAGACUGAAGGAUCCAGAAUGUUGUCAACGAAGUUUGUCAGAAGUUGGAGAAUCAAGAUGCGCAAAUUUGCUGAUGGAACUGAACAGCAGCAAUACCUGAGGCGUUCCCGUUUCGUGGGGCGUGAAUACGCCUGGAUGGACAAGGAUCGCACCGAGUUGUUUGCUCCUGCUUCAGGUAGCCUGCUGACUCGAGUGCUGCCAUCAGCCUUCAUGAGGUCCAAGGGCGAUGGCCAUGCAUGUUGUGUUCUUGACGUGGCAGACGCGUUUCUUACUGUCGACCAGCGCAUACCAACGGUCGUCAAGGCAAGCUUCGGAGAUCAGCAGUCACAUGUGCAGCACUUUCGCUUGUUGAAGCUCUUACCGGGGCAACGUGACGGAACCGUCCGUUGGCAUGAGUCGUUUACUGAGUAUCUUGACAGCAAGCUUGGAUUGGAGCCUUAUGUGCCGUGCCCAGCACUCUUCAAGCUGAAGAAUGUUGCUGUUGCUGGAUUGUUGCAUGUUGACGACUUGUUCAGUGAAGGACAGCGGAAAGGCUUGGAUGUGAUGGUGUCAUGUGUCCAAGAGAAAUACAAGUGCACGGUGAGCUGGCUUUGUGAGCAUGGGGAUGAGGUUUCAUUUCUCAAGAAAGCAUAUCGGUUGGUGCGUGAUGACCUGUUGAUCAUCCAACCUCACCCGCGCCACGUUGAGAAGCUGGUUGAAAUGUUCAAUCUCAGCCGUGCGAGGAGCAAGUCCAGUCCUUUGCCGACCACUCUGCCGGUUGACGGUUCAGAGCUUGAUAGUGAACAGAGUUCGAUGUUUCGCACCGCGGUCGGCGUGCUCCUUUAUUUGCAGUCAGACGUGAUUGAGGCGCAAUUUGGGAUCCGGUGGCUGGCUCAACACAUGAGCCGCCCGACUGCUGGAGCGCUGCGUGUGCUGAAGCACAUAAUCCUUUACCUGAGGGACACUAGUGAAAGUGAAUAUGCCAGUGCCGUUUCCGGAACAUGUGAUCAAGUGUUUAUCCGCAAUGCUGUGGAGUUUGUUCUUGGAACGAAGGUCGAGUCGCAUUUGCUGCUCGACUCAGCGGCAGCCAGGGGAGUGAUCGCCCGUCAGGGGGCAGGCAGAAUCAGACACUUGGAAGCGAAGAUGUUAUGGCUGCAACAGUAUGCCCGUGAGAGCCUCCAGGUGCACCCUGUUGAUGGCAAGCACAAUGUUUCUGACCUUGGAACGAAAAGCCUCCAAGGACCCAGGAUCAAGGCACUGUUGCACAAGGUCGGAAUCCGCGAUGCCAAUGAUGAUUAUGCGCUUGUGGGCAAUGAAGAGUUCCAGAACCUUCUUGAUGGAAACACGGUGCGCAAGCUGGUGCGAUUGGUCAAGCAGCAGGGCAAUGCAGGCAAUUCUGUUGGAUUGCAAGUCGCAAUGAUUGUCUUAUCGCACGCCUUGAGCCAGCAUUCCGUUGCAGCCGCAGCGGACAGCGAGGAACAAGAUGUCACAGAUGAUGGCACAGAUAGAAUGCACAGCGUCUUCCAGCAAGUACUGGAGAUGAUCAUGCUUGUGUUCACUUUUGCAGGUGAGUAUGCCCAGCUGUAUCCGAUUGCAGCCACGAGCUUUGUGCAAGGCUUUAUGUGGGUGAUCCUGAUGUGCUUUGGAUGGUGCAUGUGUCGAAGGCGCAAUGUGAACUUGAGCAUGCGGGGUGAUGCGUCAGGAGAUGAGCCCGUAUCUCCUGCAUCGCCACGCGGUGCCAGGAGCAAAAGAAUAAGCAAGCCACCCAAACGCAGUUAUGAUGAUGACGAUGAUGGAGCACGCGGUGGCAGUGACAUUGGUGCUGAAGUGCCAAGCAGCAGCCAUGAAUCGCCAGGUCGUCUGAACUUCAAUGUGCCGUUGAAUCCAGGAGCUUCGGUCAAACUUGAGGUGUCGAGUGGAUGUGGAAGUGACAAGCCGCCGAGCAGCGCGGCCAGUGUCAACAGUGUCAACAGUGCAGGGGACUCCGAAGUCCCACGUGCCAGACGUCCACCCGUGAGGCCCAAGCCCAAGGCCAGGGAUCAUGCAGAUGAUGAAGUGUGGGUUUCAGGUGCCCAAGGCUACUGUUACCACAAGGCUGGAUGCGGAAAGCUUAACCAGAGCAACACAGUGACGUCCACCACAAGGCGUUUGGCUGAGAGCCGUGGAUACCGCGGUUGCAAGAUAUGCAAUCCAUGA